AUGAUCGUCGAGGCAUUUAUCGAUACCCUUGAAGCAGGUUUGAAAGAGGAUGGACAGUGCGUUCCUAUGAUACCCACAUUUGUGUUUGGAUGGCCAACCGGCAAGGAAGUUGGCCCAUACUUGGCCGUGGACUUGGGCGGUACCAAUUUGCGUGUAUGUCAUGUGGAACUGCAGGGUGAUGGCAGGUUUGAAAUCACCCAAGCAAAAUACAAAUUGACGGAUGAGCAAAAGCAACAAGAAGGAGAAAAGUUAUUUGACUUUUGCGCAGAAUGUUUAUCCAAGUUUGUCAACGAUCAAUAUGUUGACGAUGAUGGCAAUUCGCUGUUAGACGCGGAUAUCCCCCUAGGGUUCACCUUCAGUUACCCUUGCACGCAGAAGAAAAUCGACCAUGGUGAGCUCAUUCGUUGGACUAAAGGUUUCGGAAACCCCAACGUGGAAGGGCACGAUGUUGGCGAGAUUUUUUCCAAGUCAUUAAAGAAAUUUAAAGUACCCGUCAAGCUCACUGCAGUAAUUAACGACACCACUGGAACGCUUAUUGCGUCUUCUUACGUCGAUCCGGCCACCAGAAUCGGAGUUAUCUUCGGUACAGGCUGCAACGCCGCUUACAUGAAGAAAGUCGCAAAUAUCCCCAAGAUCGCCUCACUCGGCCUUCCUCCAGAUGCCGAGAUGGCUAUCAAUUGUGAAUGGGGGGCUUUCGAUUCUGGUACCCAUGAACACUUGCCUCGAACCAAGUAUGAUUUGGUCAUCGAUGAAACCUCUAAUAAGCCUGGAGAACAAGCUUUUGAGAAGAUGAUCGCCGGCCUCUAUCUUGGUGAAGCUUUCCGACUGACCGUAGUGGAGAUGAUCGAAGAAGGGAUCUUGUUUUUGGGUCAGAAUACAUAUAAGAUGGAAAAGAGCUAUUGUUUCGAUACUGCUUUCCUCAGUCUGAUCGAAAGUGACCCCACAGAGGAAUUAUUGACAGUCACAGGGUUAUUUACACACUUCUUUGGCUUGGAUACCACGAUUUCCGAACGCCAGUUUUUCCGAAGACUUGCGGAAUUGAUAGGUACCAGGUCCGCUAGACUUUCGGCCUGUGGAAUAGCGGCUAUAGUGUCCAAGAUGGGAAUGGUCGAAACCGGAUGUGGAGUGGCUACCGAUGGAAGUCUUUACAAUAAAUACCCACAAUUUCCCCAAAGGUUACAUGAAGCUCUCGUGGAUAUUUUUGGUGAAAAGGGCCGCUUAAUUAAAACCUAUCAUGCCGAAGAUGGCCGCGGAGUAGGAAGUGCAAUAAUUGCAGCGAUGACCAAAGCAAGAUUGGCAGAGGGCAAAUUCACUCAUUCAUAUUCGAACUGGGACGAUCUCUCACGCGAAUUGGAUAAUGCGCGCGAGGGAGAAAACCAAGGGCCGUCGCUGUACUCGGAAGAUUCUGAACCGGUGACAAAUAAAGUACGGAGCAGGGUCUCGGAGUUCUUACAGACCCAAGACAGCUCCAAUCUAGACGAGCCGGAUUCGGCAUUGAUCGACUUCCAUGAACCUGCUUCCGGUCGUGCAUCUUUCCGACCGCCAGCCAACCGACCCUCUUUAUCUACACCUGGCUUGAAAAACAUUCAAGAACAUGGAGACCUGAUCAACAUGAGUUUUGAUGAUACCUCUGCGCCAAAGCCUGCAUUAUUUCCACCUGGCCCUUCGAAAUCCGGACUAUCUACUCUGCCUUCAUCCUCUUUUGAACCGAUUUCAAGAGCUGGAAGCUUUCCCAGGGUCUCACUUGAGCCGGCAAACCCCAGGUUAUCUUUGAUCCGAGGCAAUCAGCCACUCAACUCAGCAUCUCCAUCCCACCGACUUUCCGGCUCUCCCUCGGGCUCUCCCAAAAAGCUCCGACUAUCGUUUGCAUCCCCGCGCCGCUCAACCCAUUCAUCCAGCGCAUCCAAUCAGUCGGACCAGCACAAUUCCACAAACAGUACCGCCGAGCUUUUCCGAUCAAAGUCGGCCGAUCCUACCUCGGCCUCUAUCAGAGGACCUGAUUCGGAUCUCCAUCGCCUCUCUCAACCCAGAGUCAGGAACUACGACCAACAAGAACAACUCGAAAGCCAACACAGGGGCUCUAGCUUUGCCCAACAGAUCUUCGCUGGCAUGGUCAAGAUUCCUCGGCUACGUCUACUAGAGAGUUCAUCUAGUAACUUGAGACAGAAGACCGAGCUUCUACAUUUCACAACCAAAGAACACGAGUAUGAGAUCUCGCGGAACGCGCAGCAAUACAAGGUCCUCAAGGAUUGGGUCAACCUACGACAGAAACAGGCUCAGAUCGGCCAGAGUCAUCCUCACUCUUCCCAGAAACAUGUCGAGGAUCUCGAGCAAAUCAUGAACCAACUCAGACUCAAGAAGAAUUGGGCCGAGAUGAGCGCUAAGAAAGACUGCCAUCUCUUCGAUAUUGAGAUGUGGAAAACUUACCAGGCUCACCUUCAUGAUCGGACCGCCAAACUGUCUCAUGAUUUAAAGAUGAUGAGAAAGAUGGAUUCGAUCGUCAAGCCCGCGACCGAGUCUUUGAGCGAGCGCAAGCAGAGUCUCAUUGAGGAGAUCCGACGACGAAAGCAAAAGCUUGCAGAGAUCGAGAGUUGUGAUCAGAAUCUAUUGAAGGCUUUGAAGGAGGAAGCCAAGGAUCUAGCGGCGGUAACCGAAGCCAAUCGGCGCGAAUUGGCCGAGUCGGAGUUCGAACGCAAUCUCUGGCUCGGCAAGUAA